GGUCAAGAAGCAAAUUCAACGAAAUCUGCAAAGUAGAUUAUGUGACCAGUAACCUUGCAGAAUGCUUCAAUUCAAAGUUCAAGUCAGUGAAAGGGCUCUUGUUGUGGCAAGCAUUUGACAAGAUGAGGCAAAUGAUCAUGAUAAAGAUGGCUCUUCGCAAAAGAAUUGCAGAAACACAAUAUGUUGGUCAUCAAAUGCUCCCAUCACUGAUUAAGGCAUUGCACUUGAAGGCAAGAGGACUGAAGAUGAAAUGUAUUCGAUCUGGUACAUAUGAGGGAGAGGUUACCUAUACUGAUACUAAAAAUAGGGUAUGGAGGUAUCCUGUGAACCUAAGUACUAGAGAAUGUACUUGUAGGCAAUGGCAGAUCCGUGGGAAGCCAUGCAUACAUGCCCUACAUCUGAUGACCGUUAUCGGGGGUGCAGAUGGUGAAGUUGAUCAAUAUUGCUCUGAGUAUUUCUCUGUUGCCAAAUUUAUGGCUGGUUAUGCUGACAAUGUGCCUGCACUAUUGGGGAAAGAUCAAUGGAACAUAGUAGAUCCAGGGUUCAAACUCCACGCUCCUGUCAUUACUAGACCACCAGGAAGACCAAGGAACCAGAGGAUUAGAGCAGGUGAGGAGGGUCGUCUACCAAAGAAGCGUGCUUGCAAAAAAUGUGGAGUUCUGGGGCAUAUUGCUAGGCUUUCUACCAAUGCAGUGGAUGCAUCAUCUGGAGAGGAGGAAAGAUGGACAGCAGCCAAUGCUGAGGAGAAUGCAGCAGCAAUGGAGACUGAAGAUGCAGUGGAGAAUGCAGCAGCAAAUGAAGCAGUGGAGAAUGUAGCAGCAAAUGAAGCAUCUUGCUCUAGGGAGAAAAGGCCAAGAGAUAAAGAAGCAGAAGGUUUUGAAACCAUGGUCUUUGAUGGUUUUGAAGCUAUAAGAGAGGAAGAGGAGGGGGUAAUUUUUCCAAUUGUGCCUUUAAAGAUUGCUGAACCCAUAGAUGACCGUCAAAUGGUCGUCAAGUGCUCGGCGAGUGGAACUACUCCAUCAGCACCUCCGCGGGGAAAACCCCAAGUAAAGCCCAAGAUCAAAAGGAACAAGAGUCUGAAAGAAAAGAGCAUCUCAACUAGGGAAACCAGGAGCAAGACGGUGAAGCCAGCUGCAAACACAAGGAGCAAGUCGAAAAUUUGAAUUAAGUUGUUGGGAAAUGUUUGUGUUGUCAAUUUGAGGGCGAGCCGAUCGCUUAAAACUUGGUAGAUUUGUAUUAAGAUGUUGGAAUCUUAAAACUUGGUAGAUUUGAGCUACUGUGAAAACUUAUCAGUUGUAAUAAUGUUGCUUCUACUUUGGUUUCUUAUUUGAGUCAGAAUUCAAAUUUCCAUCAAAAUUUGAAUUUAAAUCAAUAUUUGAAUUUGGGCCAAAAUUUGGAUUCGAGCCAAAGUUGAAGUUGAACAUUGGAGGUUCAUUGCUCUGUGCGGUGUAUUUGAUCAAGCAAAACCGCCAAAGUCUCACUAUUUAUUGAUUAAUAUUCAUAUUACUACAUUUUUUUUGAAAAAUAUGCUUUUAAUUCAAAACCGUCAAAUAACACGUUUUAGAUAUGAAAAUGAAAAAGUAAGUUCAGAUCCUUCUUAUUCACUCCAAAAUGAAGCUAUGGAGAUUUUUCUGAUUUUUUUGAAUUAUUUUGAUUUUUUUCAAACCCUAAACCCUCUCUCCCUAUUCUACGAACUCUGAACAUGUUCAUAGGUGAUAGAUCAUUUGUGUGAAGCCUUUUUUCAUGAAAAUGACCUACACCAAGUUUAUAUUUUUUUCUCAUAACCUUGUCACAUAUGACGGCUAUGUGCGCAAGAAUUACAACAUUUUGAUUUUUUUUUUAAUUUUUUAAAAACAUUUGAACUUGAUUUCGACAGAUCACUUCAAAAAAUGAAUUUUCAAAAAAACGCCCCUAUACCGAGUUUAUAUUUUUAUGGUAACUAGGUCUCAUAAACGGACGAACUACGUUUGUUUAUAUUUUUGCAAUUUUUUUCUAAUUUAGUUAUGGCCAUUUGAAAUCUGGUCAAAUCCUAAUAACCCCGUUGACUGGCUCAUAACCCCGCAGAAAUGCUCCAAACCCUAGCGUCGAACGUCCCCCAUCAGAUCCUACCAAGCGCCAAACACCACCCGUCAGAUGUGGGGCAGGCAUGCACGAUCCGCGUGAUGCAUCCUGAUUGGCUACUGCACUGUCCUUCUCGGGUUUUUAUGAUCUGCCCCACUUUACAUAUGAAAUUGUAUUUUUCGCACAUGACCACCACAUGUCAGUGUUAAGAGUUGGUUCAAAUAUUCAAACUGCAAAAUACAAUGUGGCAAA